GUGGGCGUGUGCGGCCGCUCGCCAGUCGUCCCCUUGGUCCCGGUGAGAUGCUGGUUUGGGAGAGGUAAGGAAUGAGUCCGGCGUCGUCCGCCCACACCCGAGAGGGGCUUUGAAGGGAGACGUCGAAAGGAAAUGAGAUCUUUGAGGGAGUCAGGCCCCGGUGACCGAGGAAUGGCGAGGCCCUAGAUUUCCUCGUGGGGCGGCUGCGGGGAGAGGUCAAGGACGGCGAGAGCCCGGCCGGGAUCCUCGCCGCCGAGGCCAGAAAUAAGGAGAAUGCUAUCUUAAGUCAAAAAUCUAUUAUUAUAACAUUUGUUUAAUACCAUUUAAAUGAAGAGAGAGAGAAAAACAACCAAAAUUCCAACAGUUAAUUAUUCCAUUCAAACAUUGGAGAGAAUGUUACUCAAUCCAAGUCGUCCUUCCUCAUCAGAGUUGGUGGAACUUCAUGUUUUUUAUGUCCCUGAAGGAUCAUGGAACUAUAAGUUAAAUACAAUUUCACUAGAAGCUAUUAAUGAAUUUGUUUCUGCUGGAUUUAUAAGAGUAUCUCCUCAACUUACCUUACAAGCCCUGAGGGAGCGCCUUGGUGAAUUUCUUGGUGAAGAUGCUGUUGCAGAAAAAUUCUUAUUUCUGAAAUGCAUUGGAAACAAUUUAGCUGUGGUGAAGGAAAAGCAAGAAUCAGAACUGAAACUGAAAUCAUUUGCUUCUCCAUACGCUCUUCAAUCAGAAUUAUAUUUGCUUCCUGUAAUGGACCACUUAGGAAAUGUUUAUUCAGAGCCAUCAGCAGUUACUUUAGAGGAGCAACAGAUUAAUAAUGAUACUGCUGAGGUUGAUGAAACAAUCCACAGGCCAGCUAAUGUAAUUUUCUCAAUGGAUGAACCUGGAAGCGAUCCUGGUUCCCUUGAAAACACUUUGACAGACCUUAACGAUUAUCCGGAAGAAGCUGAGGAAAAAGUCACUGUAAAUGAAAAUAAGAGUGCAAAAAAUCACAUUGGAAAUUUUGAAGAACCAGGAUCUUUGGAAAAGUCAAGUGAUUACUAUAGCAAUGAACAAAGUCAGUUACUUUGGAAAAACGAAGAUGAUAUAACUAUCAAUAGAAAACAGACCAAUCAGCUGGAUGAAAAAGAACACAACAUCCUGCCAGAUCUUAUUGAUUUUCCUUCAUUUCCUUUUCAACCUGUUCUUUCUUCAGGAAUAACUGAUAGCUCUUCAUUACGAAUAGAGAGACAGAAGAUUAUUGAACAAAUGAGACAAGUAAGGGAAGAAAGAAAAUAUCUGGAAAACGUUAGGGAAGAACUGAAUAAGAAAAUUGAAAAGUUAUUUGAACAAAGCAAAUUGAAACAAUACCAAGCCUGUGAUAGCUGGAAGAAAAAAUACUUGGAAACAAAGAAAGUCACAGCAUCAUUAGAAGAGGUUUUAACAAAACUUCGAGAAGAUUUGGAACUUUACUAUAAAAAAUUGCUCAUGCAACUUGAAGCCAGGGAGAUCAAGAUGAGACCAAAGAAUUUGGCAAACAUCUCAGACUCUAAGAAUAAUCUAAUAAUCCAAAUCACUGAGGUACAACAUGCAAUUGACCAACUUAAGAGAAAAUUGGAUACUGAUAAAAUGAAACUCAUAAUAGAAGUUAAGAUGAGAAAACAAGCAGUUUCUGAUUUACGAACAUUGAAAGCCGAACUGACCCAGAAGAAAAUUACUCCAGCUUUCCACUCUCAGUUAGGGCGCAUUGGCUGCUGCAACACAUUCUGACCAGAUCUGACUCUGUUCAUCAUAAGACAUCACAAAGAGAAAGUCACAAGCGUCUGCAAUUCCAGUAUAAUUAUAACAUCUUCUGUCUAUGUUUUUUGGAGACCAAGCUACAUCAAAGGUUACCUUUGGAAAACAUAAUAUGUCAUAUAACGUAAACCAACAUGGCAUAUGACACCAGAUUUUUACUAUGUAUUUUCUUGCUGUAUACUACCAAUGGAAAAAAGAACUGCUUACAGUAUAUGAAUGUAAAAUUUGACCCUAAGAAAUAUAUUUUUGACUACA